ACACAUUUUUCGCUUAAAAAAUUAAGUAUAAGGCACUUGCAUACCGCGGUCGUGCCUAAAAACGCGCAAGCGUUUCUUAAACCCUGGAUGGAAAAAUCGAGGGGAAUGCAGGAAACGCAAUCAAUGUUUGACGCGAUUCCGAGAAACUGCAAGGGAAUAAUCGCAGUCAGGACUCCGCCUCUGUCUCCAAAGAGAUAUCGUAAAUUUUAUCCGAACGGCGGCAUUUGGAGCAAUAGCCAUUGUUCAAGAGCAUGUACCUAAUGCAUAAGGGCACAAACAGAAAAUGUAUGUUUUCUCCAAUCAGAAAAUGGCAUUUUUCCCGUAGAAUUCCUCAUUCAUAUAAGGGAAGUUGCCGGCACCGAAGUGCAUCAACUUAAUUAUUGCGUUAAUAUUUUUAUUUGAAACUUGCCACAGCGAUAGAUAUUUAUAAAAGGAAGGGCAACUAACUCUUGAUUUUUCAUAAUUCAUUGCAUUGCCUUAGUUUCGAGUAAUUUUCUACUGAACACUCGUACUAUCGGUAAAACCUGGGUUUCGGACCCCCUUAAUAGUACAUUAUGCAACAAGAGACUAAAGUCGUGGAUUAUUUACUUUAUUCUCGCAAAAUACGGAAUAAAGUGAAUUUGCGGGAAUAAAGUAAAUUUGCGGCAAUAAAAUUUUCUGGUCCCCAAGACACGUGGAGACGUGGCGACGGGGUGGCGGCUGAGAUGCGCCCCACGGCGUCGCGCCGUAGAGUCGGGGCGGGCCGGAGCCUACAUUUAUAGGUACAGGUAUUAUAGGCUAUCUAGAGGCGGAUUUCGGACGCACAGCUCGGGGAAAGUGAAUUUUUGCGGAGAGGGAGAACGCUGCUAUAUAUACAGAGCGAAAUUUCUUAAGCAGACAGUUCGAAGUUUUCAUUCUAGAAGCAACGACUUGGCUAGUCAGUGAUAUCCUAGUGCCUGCGUUAGUUUGAAUCUGUAGUGCAUCACAGUCAAGUUUUCCUUUCGUAAAAUGGAAUCUCCACGUGCGGAAUCUUACGCAUCUUCUGACACUGGUAGGACGAGAAUGAUUGAUGCAGAAGCUCGUCACACGGAUCUCGAUGGAAAUCUCAACGAAGUUACUGCAGACUUGACAGGGCUUGUGACGAUUUGUUGCUCGGAUUGUGAUCUUGACAGUGCCAACUACGAAAAAUGCCAGGGCGAGCUAGCUCUGCAAUGUUUAGCGUGCCGAGAGAAGUUUUAUCACCGUUUUUGGGCGAUCCGGCACAUCAAUUCUUGUGCCAGCAUCAUCAAGCAGCCAAAAUACAUCUGUGAGUUGUGCGAAACGACAUUCGAACGGAUCGAUGAACUAAGAAGACACUUUCAAGACUGUGCAAGUGAUUGUUUUACAAGUCUUCAGUUGGAGAACAACAACACGAAUUCGGAGGAAGAAUUAGAUAUGUUCAAGUACUUUGCCAACUCAUCGGAGAUAUUAAGGAAAAGCGUGAGGGAAUACGGACAUGAACGUUUUUAUGCGCACUUCUGCGUGGAGUGCCGCGAACCCAUCAUCGAUGAAACAUCGGUCGACGCAGUAGACUGCGAUGAAUGUAAAGUUAGUUGCCUGCUGCAGUGCAACACGUGCAAAUGUCUACACGAGACUUACGAGUCCAUUAUUGAGCAUUUAAAGGGGAGCUAUUGCGGAUAUAAGAUGCAAUUAGCGGUGGACCCGGAUGCUCAACUUCACGAACAGGCGUGAAAAAUUAUAAGAUGCACAAAGGCUAUUGCAAACAGAAUCGACCGUCUGGAGAUGUUUCAAUGCCCAAGGAAAGUGACGCAGCUUAUCACACAUACAUCGUGCACAAUCAUGGUUUACGUUCGAAUACAUAUGUAGAACCUUAAAACGUUUUUUAAUUGUCGAGAUGAUUUAAUUUUUUACUGUACUUAUUUAUUUAUCGUAAAAUAAAAAAUUUUUAACCGCUCAAUCAUUAUAUGCUUGUCUUUUAUUGAAUGAAAAACUGAAGUAUACUUUAUCCUCUUAGAAAAUAUUAUAAUUUCCAACUCCACAAAUAACGUUUUCCUAUUCAAAAACGUAAGAUCGUUACUGCGUGUGCAAAACUCUAAAUUUCGCACACGCUUAUCUGUUGAGGACGUAGAUUCGCACACUCGUGUCAAAAAAUAGUAUAUACGAUACACGUGCGCGUAGGUGAUCAUCAAACUCGCUUUUUUGUCACCCUUGCGGCGACAGAUGCGCUCAUGCAAAAAUAACCUACUUCGCGCACUCGUAUCGUAAUAUACAAUUUUAACAUGACGUGCGCGAAAAACGCA